GAAUUCACCAUGGAAAUUAGCGAGCAAGAAUCUGUGUUGGAGAUCAAGAAACGCUUAGGACAGUUUCUUCAGAUUCCAACAUCUUCUUUAACUCUCUCUAUCUCUUGUUGGGAACUCCUCGACGGUCUCGACAUGGAAGAUUAUCCGAUCAUCUCUAAUGGCACCAGAAUCGACCUCACCGUAACUCCCUUUUUCACGGCACCGUCUUUUAUAGUCCCCGCCGCUAAAAAAAUCCACGUCACAGUCAAGUUCCCGUCAAAACAGUUCACCGUCGAAGUAGACAGAACCGAAACGGUGAGUAGCUUGAAGGACAAGAUUCACAUUGUGGAGAACACACCGAUAAAGCGAAUGCAGUUAUACUAUUCUGGGGUUGAGCUAGCCGACGAUUAUCGAAACCUAGACGAAUACGGAAUCAGUGAAUUCUCAGAGAUAGUGGUGUUCCUCAAGUCAAUCAACCGUGCGAAAGACGUCCCUCCGGUGAGGAAACUGUGUUUCUUGGUGCAGACGUCAUCAAGUUUAUUCAACGGUGCGAGGAUCCCUGUCGAGAUUAACGAAACUUGUACUAUCUCGGAGAUGAGAGAAGGGUUACAAGCUAACAAGACGUUGCCAAGAGACGAGUAUAUAUUCGUACACAAGCAACGGAUUAUGCGAGAGAAUUGUAGCCUUCGUUGGCAUGGUGUUGAAAAUGGUGACACUCUUUUCGUGUUUAAAGGGUCUAUUAGUCCUGGAGGGUACUGAGAUUUACAAAAUUUAAGAUAAGUAUUCGAAUAAAUCCCUCUCAAAGAACUCAUACUAUGUAAUGUAAUGUAGACGUAUUCAUGGGAAGGUUUGAUUGGAUUAUGCUUUUUUAAACAUUCAUGGAAUAUAAUUAAGUUUUAAUGGAA